AUGCCUCCAUCACGCCGCGGCAUGCCGCUCACCGAGGAGGAGCGACGUCGUAGACGGAUGGCCUCCAACCGGGUCUCUGCGCAGAGGUCUCGCAUGAAGAGGCAGCAGAGCGCGGAGAACCUGGCGGUGCGCGCGGCCCAGCUCGCGGAGAACAACGAGGCCAUGCGCGCCACCACCGGCGUCGUGCUGCAGCACUGCGAGCUGGUGGAGCAGGCGAAUCGCGUGAUCGCGGCGGACGCGCGCCAGCUCUACACUGAGCUCGAGCGCGCGAACUCCCAGCUCCGUCUCUUCGGGCAGUUCAUGGGCAUGCCAAUGGACGUGCCGGAGAUCCCCGCCCACCUCACGGAGCUCUACGGCGGCAUGCAGAUACCGCCGCCGCCGCCGCCGUCACUGUCUCCGGAGAUGCAGAUGCUGUUCCAGCCGGAGCCGGAGUCGGACGAUGUCAUGGACGACGCGGGCAGCCUGCCGCCCAGGCCGUGA